GUAGUUUUAUAUGCAUGGAAGAAAAGCCUAAAUCAGAUGCAUAGUGCAUGCAUGAAAAACUAGGAUAAAUGUCAUUACAGAGAAGUGAACAGCGACAACAGAAAAACUGACUUUUGAGCCAUUUUAAGUUCGGGUGUACUUCCUGCCCUAUAUCUGCAGGCGAAAGGUAUUAACUUGUUACCUGAAUAUUGACUCAGUUGUUCUUCAGUCUGUGCAAGUCCUAAGUAAAAUGGCAUUACCGUAUGCGCAAGUGGACUAACGUUUGAUUACUACUUUUUCUCAUUAGCCAGUAAUCAAAUACUAUUGUUUUUGUGCACUUAUUGCCUAAGUUGGGAUCAAAUCAGCGAACAAGAUAAGUCGAACUGCCCCUGGCUGCUGCCUUUGGCAAUGUUUGGGCAUACUUAACUUCACUAGGGGUACAGAAAGAAUAAUUGUCCCAGUUAUGAAACCGUGUUCCUUGAACGAAACUGUUUGGGAGCUGAACUUUCCAGCUAACAACACCUCUACCCCAUCGCUUAGCCUCAGAUCAAGUCAGGUUGCCACAUCGGCUACAAUGUUCUCAUUUGGGGUCAUUGGAAACCUCAUUGCUAUAGUGGUCCUUUGUACAUCUAAGAAGGAACAAAAGGAAACGACAUUCUAUACCCUGAUCUGCGGAUUAGCCAUCACGGACCUUUUGGGGACAUGCUUCACUAGCCCAGUUGUUAUUGCUACCUAUAUAGCCAACAGGUGGCCAGGAGGACAGCUUCUAUGCCAGUUCUUCUCUUUCUCUAUGCUCUUCUUUGGUUCUGCCGGUAUGACCAUUCUUUGUGCAAUGGCUAUUGAGCGUUAUUUGGCCAUCAACCACGCCUACUUUUACUCGCACCAUGUGGACCGAACACUAGCCAGACUUUCACUUUUGGGAGCUUACUUUUUCAACUUGGUACUUUGUAUAAUGCCCAGCUUCGGAAUUGGGAGACAUGUGCGGCAUUUUCCUGGCACGUGGUGUUUUUUGGACUGGAGAGCCACAGAUUCAGUUUCAGCAUCCUAUUCUUAUCUGUAUGGCAGUUUUAUGCUCAUCCUCAUUGCUGUGACAGUGUUUUGCAACCUAGCAGUUUGUGGCUCUCUAGUGCAGAUGAGCCAGAGGACGCAGCUAGUACGUGCCGAAGGGUCCAGACAAGGCACCUCACGGUGUGUCCGCCGCUUUCCCCGGCUUACAUCAGGUACUUCACCAGCAGAGAUUCAGAUGUUCUGGUUGUUGAUAUUCAUGACAAUUGUGUUCCUCGUAUGUUCUAUUCCUUUGGUGGUUCGCAUUUUUAUAAAUCAGCUUUAUGGUCCUAUGCAGAUACAAGCAGGGGAGAAGAUAGACUUUCGGGGUGAUCUUCUAGCAAUCCGCUUUGCUUCCUUCAAUCCCAUCCUUGACCCAUGGGUCUACAUUCUAUGCAGGAAGAACCUUCUGAUCAAAGGCUGUGAGAGAGUAAAACGCACAGUAGGCAUCAUGAAAGAUGGGCACAAUAGGAAAGUGGGGUGGGUGACUGGACAGCAGACUCCCCCUUCCUAUGCUAAUAGUGUAACCACCAGUUAUGCCUCCUUACGGAUUCGAGAUGAAACUAAAGAACUCCAGAAGGAAUUUAAUAGCAGAACUAAGUCAUUUACUGACUUUUCAAAACAUUUUCCAUGGGAAGUAGAAGGACAGGCAGCCAGUUUCCAUCCCUUCAGUGUACCCCAGGAUAGCCCUGCAGGGCUUGCUAAAACUCCUCUGGCUACCCACCAGCAGACAAAAGCUAUAAUGUGCACUAUAAUGCAGGACACACCAACAAGAGGACAUCAGGCAUCUAUAUCACAUUUAUCAGGCCAAGAGAGGAAUGAAAAGCCAUUUGAUGUGGUUAGCUCCUCCCUGGACACAUCUUCUUCAAGUGCCUUGGAAAAAUGCAUUUGAUUUUGAGUCAUUUUUUGCACAGCUUUGAUGCAUGUGGUGUAUUUCAUUAAUUUAAACUUUAACAAAUCAAAUGUUUACAACAAAAGUUUUUGCUGCAAAUCUACUGAUAAAAUAAGUAUUUUAUCUCCUGAAGUACUUGAACUGCCUUCUAGCCUUAAAAUGUGAUCUGCUGGAAAUUUAGAAAAAAAAAAGAAUGUUUUCUGGGUUACUCACCUAAUGCACAAGAAAAUACUAGAGACAAUAUUAAAUAAUGACGUCUGUAAAAAGUCCAGCUUAACAUGUCCAAUGUUCCUUUAGUUUGUCUGUAAGGGCAUACAUCAACACUGGGUAAGGCUGAGAGACCUGAAAUUAGGUUUUUCCAGGGCAGAAUUAUAUGAAUAAGUACGACUUUUGAAUCCAUAAACAGAGGCAGGAUCUAUUUGGUUCCAAAGAGUUGCCACUGCAUGGGACAGUUCACAUGGAAAUUUGUUUAUAGGAAAUAUGCUGACACAUUGAGCAAGGCAAUAAUUGAAACUCCAGGGCAUUGAUUUGGUGAUUCUUUACUCUAACUACUUUAUCAUUCCUACUUUGAAAAUGUUUCUACCCUAAAAGACACACUAGAUCUGAGUUGAAAAAAAGACAUAUGUGAACAUUGGCCUAUAUAGUCUGAAAAGUUUUGAAUAACUCUUUUUAUAUUUUUAAAUUAAAUGCCAGGUAUGUACAUAUGGCUUGAACAAAAUAAAAUGCAUAUCAGAAUAAAGUUUUCUUUGUAUAUUGGAUAACAUUCACAUUUUCUUGUGGAAUGCCAUGAUGUCAUUUGCCAUUCACAUGAGCUUUGCAGAUCAAGCACGUGCUUUUUUCUUAAGUGGAGUGUGACAUGUUCUUUGUGCCAUAACAUUAGAUUGCAAAUCACACCCUCAGGCAGGCUGCUUAAAUAUUGCUGCUUUUCCAGAGCAAGGAACCAAAAUACAUGUUUUGAUGUAAUAUGGUAUGUAAUAAAUCUGCUGGAUUACCAGAAAAACAUGU